AUGAACCAACAACAAGAUCAGGGACAGACCGACCUCAUCGUCCAAUGUCUCACUCUCGUUCAGAAACUUCGUCACGGCGUCGGCCAGGUAUUCAAAGACUUAUCCGACGGUGUCAGCGAUUAUGUUGAAGAGACUACAGAGAAAGAGGACACGGAUGGGGCCAGUUCCAAGAACGAGACAACAAGCAAAGACAAAACCGGCUCACAGAAAGAGGUGACUGUCGGCGGGGACAAGGAGGAAUCGCAGGAGAAACACAGAGCCAUUCUUCGCACGCUGAAAGCAUCUUUGGAGACUAUCAGCCAUGACUUCAGUGAUCUGGAAAAAACUGGCUCUACGAUCAAUUCUGUGCAGUCAUUUUCCAACAUUGACAACCUCAGCCUGGACCCAGUAGAUAAAAAUACAGUAAUGCACUCUCAGCUGUUGCAGUCCUACAAGUGGACAAACAAGAUGCAUGAGUUUGCUACUCAGGCUGUGACAGUUCUUGCCCAGAAUUCACUCAAGCGAACAAGCUCACCAAAGUUCACCAGCUCUAAAAUGUUGAAAGGAAGUAUGCAUGUUGCCUGCCAUGUUCCACCUGCAACAGUGGACCAGCUCAUUGCCUCCCUGGUGCUUACCUACAAGGACAUGGGUAUGGACAUUUCCAUAUCUCGACCACUGGGAAACUCCACUAUCCUCCAGGUUGAGCUCUGUCGAGUUCUCAGAGCCGUUGUGGUUCUCCGUGGACUAAUGAUUGAGUGGGUCAAGGUCAAAGGCCUUGAUGAAACAUUUGAAAGUGAUGACAGACAGAUGGAUAUUUGGUCCAGUUCCAGGUACCAGGUGUUUCAGAAGAUCACAGACCAUGCUGUAGCAGCUUCCCUACAUUAUUAUGCUCCAGCCAAGCCGGACCUGGCCAUCAAGUCCUAUCUGUUGUGGCUGCAAGGAUACUCCACCCUGUUCUCAUCGCCGUGCCACAAAUGUGGCAGGUACCUACAGAACAAUCUGCCUCCAACCUGGCGAGAUUACCGCUCUAGAGAACCUUUUCAUGAUGUCUGCCGUGUGUAG